AUGCACGACAAGGAUCCUGAAUUUCGCACGUGGCUGGUUGAGGAGAAAUUGACCAAUCCCGAAAUCAUGUCUUCGGACCAGUUGAAGAGGAUGUUUAAAGAAUUUAUGGAGGAUUACAAUACCGCGACCUUGCCCCAUGAGAAGUAUUAUGAUAUGCACGCAUACGAGAAGCGCAUGGCUAUCAUAAGAGGAGGAGAAAGCAACUUGCUCGAAGGUCUGGAUACAUACGACGCCAACGCGGACCUCAUCAGUCAUAAGAGGGGCCUCAAGCGUGGUCAAGUGGAAAAGGAAGUCUUUCUCUCACGCGAAGAACUCGAAGACUUGAGAAGAGUCAAGAUUGAGCGAGACCAGAUGACGAAAAUGAAACUCCUCGGAAUGAAUGUAGACAGCAAGACUGGCGUUCGUAUGGACACAGUCUACGAUGGGUAG